AUGGAGUUGGGACGUGAAACCGAAACCUCAUCGAUUUCGACUGCAAUGUCUCUUGAUCAACCCUUUGUGGGGAUGGAGAAGGACAUGGAGCUUUUACUCUCCAUGCCUAGGGCCGUCUUGGCCGAGAUUUUGGAACAACUUGAUCCCAACGAGUAUGUACCCGGUAGCAAGGGGGUUGAUUAUUUGGUACGACAAAUUUACAAAUUUGUGGAGAGGAGGAAAAGUCUGGUUGUGAUAGAUGAUAUUUGGAAAAACGAUGGUUGGGAGAUCAUGAGGGAGGCUUUUCCGAUCAAUUGUAACGUGUUCCUCAUCACUCGUUCUGAGAGUGUUGGUAGUGAAGAAUGUGAUCAUCUUUACAAGCUGGGAGUUAUGACAGAAGAUGAAGGGUGGGAACUACUGAAGAGAAUAGCACUUCCCCAAGAUUUUGGUUAA